GGCAAACUAGUGCCCAAGUUCCAGGGUGUCAGAAGAGGGCUCUUUGCCUUAACGCUUAAGUGAAAUCUACAAGGGGACCAGACGGGUUCGAAGGGGCGGGCUCUGAACCACCGAGCGUUCGAAGAGGCGGCCCCGGCCCCGGGUUGGCUGCUGCAGGCGGUGGGUCGGUUACACUGUAGCAAAGUUCCUACUAGGUCCUGGUUGUCAUGGAGCUUAUGGCUAGCAACAUCCAGGUACUGCUGCAGGCGGCUGAGUUCUUGGAGCGCAAGGAGAGAGGUACCUGUCUAAAGGGGCGGCUGGAAGCUGAACAUGGCUACGCCUCUCUUGUGCCUUACUCUGGAGAAGAUACAAUACAGUCUCAAAAGAGGCCAAAGCCUCGAAAGGCCUUGAAAAGUGUCAGGUCUCUGCACAACGAGCUGGAGAAACACAGGAGGGCACAAUUACGGCACUGUUUGGAGCAACUGAAGCAACACGUCCCCCUGAACUCAGAGCACUCUCGGUCUACAACCCUCAGUCUCUUGCACCAAGCCAGACUGCAUAUUAAGAAGCUAGAAAAGCAAGAACAGAAAGCUCAGCAGCUGAAGAAGAGGCUACAGUGUGAGCAGCAGAGCUUGUACCAGAGGUUACAGGUGUUGCUUGGUUAUUCUAGUGUGCAAAGGCUGCAGGUCAACAGCCUGGACUCUUCUCAGCUCUCCUCUGAACGCUCUGACUCUGAACAAGAGGAUGCAGAAGUGGACGUUGAGGGCCUGGAAUUCAGUGGCAUUGAAGAUGCUAUGGUGGCUUCCUUCAGCACUGGGCAUGAGCAUAGCUACUCUAAUGCCAGCAACUUCUGGUUAUGAUGAACAGAACUCUGCUUUGAUGUGUAGCUCUGCAGCAAGACAAAUAAUUCCAUCUUCCCAGCCAGUGAUUCAUACUGCUAUGAAUGGGACCUGUCUCCAGAGACUCUCGGUAAAAGAGGAAGAGAGGUGCUUUUGGCCUCAGACUUCCCUUACCAAAUCAGUCGCUGUUGCUCCUAAAGGCUCCGCUAUGAAGGUAACAGACCUUCCCUUGUACUAUUAUGGAGUGAGUGAGAACGAACGAACGAAACAAGGGGGAGGGUGUGGAGCACUCUAUGUAGUAGCUGUUGCUCAACAUAUGGUGGAGAAUCCUUCCUAUCCCACAAAAUGAAAGCUCCUAUUUUCUCCUGGGCAAAAGUUAAAAGAUGGGCUGAUUAAACAAAGGCUUUACUGUUAAGGAAAAAUAUUCCCAAUAAGAAUCACAAUUGAUAGCUUUCAAGUGUACUUCUCUUAUAAAACUCAAUACACUAGCUUUUCCACUAGCUUCUUAUUGUCCCACUUGCCUAGCAUUAUGUUCAGCUCUUCCCCAUGCAUAGGAGGAAUCUAUAAAAUGGGAUCAGCUGGAUGGAGGAUGUAGUUAAUAGCUGUGCUCACAAGUUGUGAAGCUGUCCCACAAGAUG